CCCCCUCUGCUGUAUUUUCAGACCGGAGCUACUGAAGCUCGAUGCUCAUACCACCGAGUCGCUCCGCUUUGGACACCCACCCUUCUCCACCGCACCGCCGCCUCAGCUGGCGGAGAAUUUCCGUCUGGGUACAAGGAAGAUGGUGGGAGUGACGGGAGCUGCCUUGUCUUCCCCUGGAUAAAUCGGGGAAACACAUAAAAACGUGUUUUUAUUAGCCUACCCGGACCCGGGCAAUAGGGAGGUAACCUUAACCGUCACCGAACCUUUCGAACGGAAGAGGACGCGAACGCAACAAGGAGUGGACUCUCUCGGGCUAUGCUUCUUCUGGGCACAUGCAUGCAGGCAGCAUAAUCUCGAGCUAUCCAGACUUGAGGAAUUUAUGGAACAGACAGCCAGCACAUUUCGCGAACUAUGUCUUAUUCGUUGGUAAUUGAAUAAAGGGAAGCAGGAUCAAGGAUAUAUUGUUUCUUCCUCAUGGGAAUUCGGUAUUCCUUUGGGGAAAGCAAAGAGGAGGAAAUUCACAGAAUCUCUCCAUGCACUCCAUAGUUAUUCACUACUCCACGCGUUUACAGUCCUGGCUACUUGUGUAGCCUAUGACGAAGGAACCACGGCCUGGGAAAAAGUUUCUAGGCUUUGGAUACAGAAGGGAGCACAGUAGUGACGUUUCUGGAUACGUUUUUGCUUCAAUUUUAAACUGCAGUUUUUGUUUUUAAAAGCCUGUCCUGUUCAUUGGAUAGGCCUAUCCUAUGGAAAAUGUGAAUAUUCGAUAGGAAUAUUUAGUAGACAUAAGUUGAAAGUUUUGUAUUUCGUUCUAUAUAUUUAAUAGACUAUUCAUACAAGGGUGGGUGUUUCUCAUAGCUUUCUGUUUUGCCAACUCUUACCAACAAGUUUGUUCAAGACUCCAGCCUUGUAAAAGGAGUUGGCUUAUAUCAGCUCAGCUGUCAUAUUUUGGGUAGUUAUCUCUCGAUUUAAAAUCGCUUUUCAAUGUCUCAUAAUCACUGUAUCUGUACAGUCCCUGUCGUCUUGGAAGUGGGGAUAUUACCGAUGUAGAGAUCCGUAGAGGGAGGUCAGGAAAGGACGGGGCUGGAGCUUGGGAAUAGGCCCGGCUGUGGAAGAACUACAGACUGGGUAUGGGGGGACAGCUAGACCGCUAAACGGACGCUGCCUGCCUGGCUGCUGGUUUUGGGUGGUCGUGAACCAACCGACCCACCCACCUACCCGACCCGACAGCCAAAGCCUAACUCUUCAGCUUGGCUAGUAUAACACGAAAGAAUUCACCCACACUAGGGCUUUGAAAUAGUCCGAAAGGGAAAGGAGGACAUGCUAUACGAGUUUAUGCUAUGAAUGUUAGCCUAUUAUUUUCAACUGUUGACUCAUAUAACUAAAACGGAAAGAGGAUAACGCUUGUUUUUUUUCCAAGGGAAAGGAACUUUAAAGUGACUUGUUUUGGAGCGGGUGCUCCGAUAAGAUAAGAAGGGACAGAAGCUGUAACUUUGUCGCAAUGUUCUAGCCAUGUGUAGCUUGUUAUUGGAAUGAGUGGGACAACAAUCUACUGUGUAUAGCCUACAACUCCUAAACAAGACACACACAAUAUGGGUCGUUUUGGACUUGGAAACAUUAUAUAAAUAAUGUUCUCUUUUCGGAUUGUGUGUGUAUUAAAAUGUAAUAAUAACAUGGGGACAUUAUUUUGAUCAUCAGUGAAGAAGACACGUGAGGACUUCUUGAGAGCGAGGCUCGAGCUGUCACUGGCGGCUGUCAAAACACUGCGCGUGGUGUGGAAUAAAAAGUGAAUAUUUGAACAACUGAUCCCAGAUUGGCUUUUUAAACCUGAUAAAAAUCGUAAUGUGAUAAACAACGUAAUAUCGGGGAAGGAUGUAUAAAGAAGGGGAGAGGAAAGACGAAAGGACUUUCAAUUAUUUCAACUGCCAGAUGAGAGCGAGCAGAGCAGCACACGAGUACAAAGUGGACAGCGAGGGCUUCCAAAGGCAAGGGACGAAUUAAUGGAAUGUGAGUGCUGACGUAAUACAGAGGUCGGGAUAAUGAACUACUCAAGAGCCUGGAACGGUCCUUUUUAUAUGAGUGAGUAGGCCUAGUUGGCUACAUUCGUGCGUAGCCUAGUAGAAAUACGUAUUUUCUGUACACACGAUAUAUCAAGUCGUGAUUACAACCAUCACCUUUCUUGCCUCUCUUUUUUGCUCACUCUCCUGUCUAGUCUUCCUCUGCCAGAUGUUUCACUUAGUACUGUUACCUCAUUGCCCGCGCACCGUCCGCCAUCAUUGAUCAGAUAUUAGUAUUUCCCCCUUCACGUCACUCCAGCCAUCAUAAUGGCCUUGCAGCCGCUGCAACACCGGCAGCAGCAGCUUCUCCCACAUGCCACGGAGGUUAGCUGCGCCUCAAGCAGUGACGGCGCCGUGACUGUGCGGAUUAUAGACAACACUAAGCACACACAGCACGCGCCGUCGCCACAGCAUCGACAAUAUCAUGACUCUCCCCCAACCCCAACGACAAGGGACAGCAAUACCAGAGGAGGAGGGAGUGGAGUAGGUGGGUCUACCACUACCGCCAAAGGAGAUCCCUCCAAACCCUGCACCAAAUACAGCAUCUCCUCCAGCUGUAGUUCAGGGGAGUCGGGAGUUCGGAGGGCUGUUAUGAAUAAGUUACACAGCCAGCAGAAGACUCUGCCCCAGUUGUUUGAGAGGUCCGCUGCCCAGUGGUGGGACCCCAAGUUUGAUUCGCCGAUACUCGAAGAGGCGUGCCGCGAGAGGUGCUUCCCGCAGACUCAACGCCGCUUCCGCUAUGUUCUGUCAUACAUGGCCUCUGCCUCGCUCCUUUGGGGCGUGUAUUUCGGGGUCAACCACGACCGCUGUGACCCAGCGACCUUCCUCGCCCCGACCGCCUCCUUCCUCCUUUUCCUGCUCAUCCUCUUCCUCUUUACCUUGACAAGGCCCUAUGCUCACCUGUACAACCAGGCCUCGCUGCUCCUCAUUGUGACCACAUUCGCCAUCACUCUGGCUCCUCAGAUCCAGACAGGAGGCUUUGUCUACCUGGAGAGAACCAGGGAUGGCAACCGGACAUUCCCUCGCACCCCAGGUGGAGUGGGCCCUACUCGGGCUCCCUGCAUCUCCCCAGUGGGCACCUUCUCUCUGUGUAUGGAGGUCCUGCUACUACUCUACAGUGUUCUCCAUGUGAGGCUAUAUGCUUCAGUUUUACUGGGGCUCCUGUAUUCAGUACUAUUUGAAGCCUUAGAGUGGCUGCCCCUGCUCCAGGGGAGAGAUGGCAGUGGAGGAAAUUAUGGGGGGAAUAGGUGGGGCGAGGCUGGGGUUGGAGGUGCAGAAGGGUCCCUAGGUUCUGGAUCUAGUCCUGGAGGUCUUGGUUCUUCUAGCUUGGAAUGGGACACCCUCCGCUGGCUGUGCCCGGCUAAGGCCCUCCUCCACCUGUGUGCCCACGCCAUCGGCAUCCACCUCUUCAUCAUGUCCGAAGUGCGAUCCCGCUCCACCUUCCUCAAGGUGGGCCAGGCCAUCAUGCACGGCAAGGACCUGGAGGUGGAGAAAGCGUUGAAGGAACGCAUGAUCCACUCUGUCAUGCCGAGGAGGGUCGCCGAUGAACUGAUGAAGCAGGGGGACGAGGAGAUGGAGGGGAACGCAGGGAAGAGAUACUCUGCCGGGGCUUGUUCGGCUAGGAAGAAGACUUCGAUCCCCAGAGGCCAGAUCAUCUUCAGGCCAUUCAACAUGAAGCGGAUGGAGCCUGUUUCUAUCCUCUUUGCGGAUAUCGUCGGCUUCACCAAAAUGUCUGCCAACAAGUCCGCCCAUGCCUUGGUGGGGCUCCUCAAUGACCUCUUCGGCCGUUUCGACCAGCUGUGUGAGCUGACGCGCUGUGAGAAGAUCAGUACACUGGGAGACUGUUACUACUGCGUGGCGGGAUGUCCCGAGCCACGCCCUGACCACGCGUACUGCUGUGUCGAGAUGGGACUAGGUAUGAUCGUGGCCAUUGAGCAGUUCUGCCAGGAGACGUGUGAGACGGUGGACAUGAGGGUGGGGGUCCACACCGGCACGGUCCUCUGUGGGAUCCUGGGGAUGAAGCGGUUCAAGUUCGACGUGUGGUCCAACGACGUCAACCUGGCCAACCUCAUGGAACAAUUGGGCGUCGCCGGGAAGGUUCACCUAUCAGAGGCCACCGCCGGGUUUCUGGAUGAUCGGUACCAGCAGGAGGACGGGCGGGUGUUGGAGAGGGCGACGCAGGGCCUGAUGGAGAAACUGAAGGGGAUGAAGACCUACCUGAUCUCAGGGAGGAAGUUAGAGCAUGCUCAGUGUGGUUGCUCUCAGGACAUCCUGACCCCGUGCCCUCGCCCCCACACCUCUGCCCUCAUGCCUGGGGGGGCUGCUUCCCUCUGUGUGUCCUGCACUGUGAAUGGGGAGCAGACAGAGGAGGGGGCCGGACUCAAUGGAUGCCAGGAUGAACAUAAAACUAACAGCGCCAAGUUUACUCCAGGCUGCAGCCCCAGGGCACUGAAUGGCAUUCUCAGUCCUCCACUGGAGGACUCGGUGAUGGCCAGCCAGAGCUCUCUAUGUGACAUGCUCCAGGAGAAAGAAAAGAAGACCAGUACGGGCACAGGGACGGGUACCAGCCUGGGUAUGGGGGGUCCAGGAGGGGCGGGACCGGGGGGCACAGGCAUGGACCACUCCGCCCUCAUCCCACUACGCUCCAAGAACUUCAGGGAGAAGAGUGACGUCCAUUUUGUUGAUGUCAUCAAGGAGGACAGUCUGAUGAAGGACUACUUCUUCAAGCCUCCCAUCAACAAGCUGAGCCUCAACUUCCUGGAGAGACCUCUGGAGACAGCCUACCGCAUCAGCUACCAGGAGGAGGUGGAGACCCAGGCCCCGGUGCAGACCUUCGCCAGCCCUACCUUCAGCUCCUUCCUGGAUGUUCUCCUAUCCUGCUCUGUGUUCCUCGCCCUCACCUUGGCCUGCUUCCUGGUUCCCAUGGUCACCAUGGAGACGCCUCCGGCAACCGUCCUGGGAUUGGCUACCGCUGCUGGUCUGUUAGAGCUGGUCUCCCUGGUGCUGUCCAUACGUAUGACGUUCUACCUGGACAACGUGUUGAGCUGUACCCAGACCUUGCUGAGGGUGGUGUCAGGCUGGAUCCCCCGUCAUGUGAUCGGGGCCGUGCUGGUCUCACUUCCUGCCGUGUCCGUGUUCUCACACCUCGCCUGCAGCCUCCACCUGCCCAUCCAGGUAACCAUGUUCCUGUGCUGUGCAGUGACCAUAGCCAUCAUCCAGUACUGUAACUUCUGCCAGCUGAGUUUCUGGAUGAGAUCUGCCCUGGCCACAGCUGUUGGUGUGGCUCUACUAGUGCUGCUCCACAGCCCCCUCAACAGGACAGGCUCCAGUAAUGACAGUUCUCCAGGGAUGGGUAACCUCACCAAUGAGACAUGGUCCACUCCAGAACCACGUCCAGAUGCCACGGACCCCGUGAGACCCCUAGACCUACUGGUCCCAGAAGCAGUACUCACCUACUUCCUCCUCCUCCUAUUGGUCUGGUUCCUGAACCACGAGUUUGAGGUCAGCUACCGUCUCCAUUACCACGGCAACAUAGAGGCCGACAAGCACCGCGUCAAGAUCCAGAACAUGCGGGACCAGGCCGACUGGUUGCUAGGCAACAUCAUCCCAAUCCACGUCGCCGAGCAGCUCAAGGUGACCCAGUCGUACUCCAAAAAUCACGACAACGCCGGGGUUAUCUUUGCGAGUAUUGUGAAUUUUUCUGAAUUCUACGAGGAAAGUUACGAAGGCGGGAAGGAGUGUUACCGAGUCCUCAAUGAGCUCAUCGGUGACUUCGACGAGUUGCUACGGAAACCGGACUUCGCCAACGUGGAGAAGAUCAAGACGAUCGGCGCCACGUACAUGGCGGCGUCCGGGCUGAACCCUCAACAGUGCAUUGACGACUCCCACCCAAACUCUAACCACCUGAGGGCGCUGUUUGACUUCGCCCUCGAGAUGAUGGGUGUUUUGGACGACUUCAAUAAAAACAUGCUAGGCUUUGGGUUUAAGCUCCGUAUCGGGUUCAACCAUGGUCCCCUGACGGCGGGGGUGAUCGGCACUACCAAAUUGCUCUACGACAUCUGGGGAGACACAGUGAAUAUUGCGAGUCGCAUGGACUCUACAGGGGUGGAGUGUCGGGUACAGGUGAGUGAGGAGAGCCACUCGGCGCUCAGCGGAAUGGGCUUAGAGUUUGACUACCGCGGUACCGUCAACGUCAAGGGCAAAGGUCAAAUGAGGACCUUCCUGUAUCCCAGGAGCGAUGAAAGAGGUGGGCAGCUAUUGGCUGAGCCUUGGCUACAGCCACAUCAAUUAGUUGCUGUUUUGCCCCCGGUGAAACCUGUCCAAUCACAGGCAGCCGUUGGACCCGUGGGGGAAGGGGACGCCGUUAAUACGACCAAGUCUGAUGCAAGUGCCAAUGCGCCAGCCCCUCCUCCUUUAUCCUCUUCUUACACUCCUCCCACAUCCUCCUCUUCCUCCACAUUCACCCCCCAAGCCUCUUCCAUAGGACCUCCUGUAGCUCCUUCAGGACUUGGGCCAGAGCCAGGCCCGGCCAAGCCCUGCGGGGUGAGGGCAGAUCGGGCAGAGGGGUACAGGGACGCUCCUCCAAUCCCACCAGGAAUCACCCAAACUGGGGCUGGCCACCCCGCUGCUACGGGCACGGACCCUCACCCCCUUACCCUAGACCUAGACCCGGAGCUAGUACCAUGUACCUUGGCACAGCCUGAGGAAGAGGAGGAGGAGGAAGCGAAUGAGCUGACAAAGCUCAAUAAGGAGGAUUUCAUGUCACGCCUUUGAUCCAUCAAGUGCUGAUCUAGGAUCAGCUCCCCCUUAUCCAUAUAAUCCUAUUCAUUAUGAUUUUAAAGUCGAAACUGAUCCUCGAUCAGCACUCCUUUCUCUGAGCUGAGCUGAAGACAGAAGUAGCUACAGAUACAGGUUUGUAGGGAUGGGAGGAGUUUUUCCCCCCAAACUUAUCCAUUAAUCACCUUUCUGAACCAAAACAGAUGUAUUCACAUGAUGAAAUGUGACUGCAGACAGAGUGACCUUUGGACAUUGACUUGUAGUCAAUCUAUGAUGGCUCAUCACUUUUCUAUAGGAAGGGGGAGGGCUGUGUUGAGCACAGUUAUUGUGGCACAAUAUAAUGCAGGGGGAGGGAGGAGGAGGAGAAGAGAAAGGGUUUUUGCUUGUUGUUGUUGAGGUUUUAUUUUUCUUAUGCUUUGGUUGAUAUGUAAAGAAGUGCCUUCAGGACAAGAACCGUUAACGAACAAGAAAUGAAUAUGGAACAAAAACACAAAAAAGGUUGGAACAAUCUUUAGCAUGACUUCUUUUUUUCUAUUUCAAACCUAGUCUACCGAUGAUGCUGUGGUUCUUUUACUACAAGUUGUUUUUUCAAUGCAAUUUAUUUUGUUAUUGUAUCGUUAUCGUUUGUGCCAUAUUCAGUUUUUCACUUGAUCAGUUGUAGCCUAUUCGCCUGACCGUAAAGGGAAAUAAAUGACGUGCCAGACAGUGGUGGAUCGUGGGUAAGAAGCAGUGAGUUAUGGGUAGAAUAAGGGAAUGACAAAAAGCAGUGUUAUUGGUGUUUCUGCUUUGAGACGAUGGCUUAGAGUGUUUGUGAUGUGCUACAUAGACCCAAUACUAAAGGAAAAACCAACAUAGGGAUUUAUCUUCACACUGACGCUUUUUAAUGUCCAACUUUUCAGGAAACACGUUUUUUUUUUUUAAAGAAACUUCCGUACAGCUUCUUUAAGUGGUCUGUGGAACAUAACUGUCAGAACCACAGAUCUCCUCACUGGGUCGCACACAACUUCUCCUAGACCUCUCCUAAAUGGAAAAGGCAAAUUGGGAUGGUAGCCCAUACCAAGCAGUCUUGACAGUAAGAAAACUGAACGCAUACGUUAUAGCACUCUCAAGUAACGAUUAUACUCGUAACAAGUAUACUGAAAAAGCACAAAUCUAAAAAUUGUUUAAGGGAAUCAUAGUGUUGGAAAUUAAAGGGACUAUUUGGUUAUAUCAAAAUGGGAAAGCACUUAAAAUCUUUAGGGAUAAUAUGUGUUAAAAGUAUGACAUUCGCCAAAAGGAACAGAAUUCAUUACAAACAGUUUAUUAACAUGUUAUAACACGUAUUAAUGUGUAUUGAAGUGAAAACUCAAGUUUGUAUGAAGUUCUAUCCAUUGUGUUAGUUGCCACAGAAACAAAUGAUUUUGACCGACACCAGAUUCAACCAAUGGCUAAUCACGGCUGCCUUUAGCUUUGUGUGACAUGCUGGUUGGGGUGGGACGUUUAAUCUUUUAUCCAAUCACAGCCUCUGCAUGAGGGAGGCUCUACUGUAUUAAUGUACUUAAAAUGUGCCACUUUCAUCAAGUUAUUAUUUGGGUGCAAUGCAACCUAUAUUUUUCAAAGUUUUCCUUUUCGAGUACAUUUUUUGUAGUGCCUAAAAAAACUAUUUUUUGUUGAGUUAGUAUGAUGAUGAUAAGCGAUGAUGAUGAUGAUUGUAUGUUUUAUGAAAUGAUGAAUCGCCUUGAGCAGUUCCAACUGCAACUCCUGUUUUGAGAAAAUCAACAUCUUGCUCACUUGGUUUUUUCUUUCUCUCUCUCUCUCUGACUAAUUCUCUGUGAAUUCUAUGUGAAGGGUGGUGUGCCCAAGGUCUCUUCCGUGCUCCCUCGCUUUUCUCUUUUCUCUCACCUUGCCCCUCUUUUCUGCUCAAGCUUUUACUUCUGAAAGGAAGGGUCUAUAGGGGAUUCAUCUGUAGCCCUGUCACUUUUGUGUCUUACAUUUCAGACAGAAAGUAGUAGGAAAAUCUGUGUGUAUGUGUGUAUGUGUGUAUGUGUGCGCGUGUGCUUUUCCCCGCAAGUCUAUUUGACUAAGGAGAAAGACUGAAAGUUGAAGUUGCCCCAUGGUGCUGAUCAAGGGUCAGUUUUGUGUUUUAAUUCCUAAUGGUCGAUGCUCGGACUUGGAUCUGAUGAGUAAUCUUUUGGGAUACCUCUACUCUAAACUGCAGGGAGAACCAAUAAGAGCUAGUUUAAGGGUCUUUAAGUGGGCUAUCAGAUACAAAUCAAAGCAGAUGGCCUAUAACUUCAAGGUGAGUGCCCAUAAAGAGAUCUAGAAAUAGUAUUAAAUGGGAAUUAAGUGCUAUAUGUUGUUCAUAUUAUGCCAAUGUACCCUUGCCAAAAUUCUGAGUCUGUUUCGAGUUUGGGACUUUUGUUUACCUACCACCAAUAUGUACUUCUGAUAUGUCAGGGCCUUUUAUUAGACAUCUUGUGUGGAUCUAGUUUGGUGGCUUAUUGUCAGCCUUCUUGAUAUUUUUAUCCUCAAAUGCCUUUCCACUUCCAAUAACUUUGUAGCACAUUCAUAGGUUCUAUAUAUCUGACUAUAGCUAAUAAUUCGACACACACCAUUUUUAUAUUAUGAAUUAAAGUACUGUGGAUCUUUGUAUUAAAUAUUUGGAUAUAUUUUUAUUUAUCACACUUGACAAAAAAAGCCACACUUUAUCUUUCACUUCCACAGAAGCAUACCGUAUUUACCAUCAAUCGUGUAUCUAUCUGGUUUAUGAUUACUUAAGUAAGUGUGUGUACAUUGAAUCACACUUGUAUUUAUGUUGGUAGUUAGAGUGAGGCGGAGUACAGUAAUCAAAUCAAAUCAAAUUUUAGUAGCGAUUUGUAUUGAGUUUGGAGUGAAAGGGCAGAACACGGAGGAGGGACAUGGGCAUGCCACCAUCUUACUAAAACCUUCACCAAUACUGAGAAAUAAAAAAGGGAAUAGAAGUCAAAACGAAACUGUCUCCAACUCUGUGCUCUCUGGUAAAAAGGGAGGAAUGGGCGGGAAUGACUUUGACUUUGCUUGUUUGAGUCUGACAUUUUCACCACUUUGCUCUGUGUGUGUGUGUGUGUGUGUGUGUGUGUGUGUGUGUGUGUGUGUGUGUGUGUGUGUGUGUGUGUGUGUGUGCGUGGACAUACUUAUGCUUUUUGCUACCACUUCUCACCCAUACACUCCCGCAAUUAGUCAUUGAUUUCUUUCUUUGCCUCUCUUGACAUUUCUAACCAACCUUAGGGUUUGUUUGUUAGCUUUCGUGACAUGGAUAAAGCCUCCAGAAGUCUAUUUUAAUUGAGCCCACAUAGUAUAAUUCAAAAGAAUAUAUAAUAUAUAUGCCAUAUGCCAUAGCAGACACUUUUAAACAAAGUGACUUACAGUCAUGCGUACAUUUUACAUAUGGGUGGCAUUACAAGCGCUAUGCCCUACCAACCAGGCCAUACAGGACCCAACUAAGCCAUACAGGAUAAUUAUGCUAUACAAUAUCUAAUACGAAUUGGUAGACAAAAGCCAACAACGAACAAACAAAUGAUUCAGUAAUUAACAUAAGCUUUAACAAGGAUGCAUGGAACAGAUAGAUUAAAUAUAUAUUGUUUGAACUGAACCAGUGUCUGGGCCUGUGUUUCUUUUUACAGAAAAAGUCCUUUUACCAGGCCUUCAUUCUAGUAAGUACAAUUUGAAUUGUUGAGAAAAUAUUGUUUUUCUUCUUCUUUUUACUGCUUGGGGUGCAGAUAUACUAAAUAUUUGAGGGUGUGUUCACACAUUCAAACUAUCAUCACAAGCAAAAGAAAGUUGAUAAUUCACUCGCGAUUACAUUGCACACUCACUUUCUUUCACUGCUAUGGUAAAUGAACUAUAGUAAAUUAGCUCCAUGUGUUAUUUCCACACUGGGGAUAACGAUAUUGGAAAAAGCCAAAGUGUUUUAGUUUGUUGAUCUGAGAUGUAUGUUAUUGUGUUUUUUUGCUUGUUUAUAUUUGCCUUUUUCAAUCAGUCAGUGUGCUAUUGUUUGUUUAUUUGUUAUUGUGCACAUUAACCAUAGCCAAUGUAUCAUUUUUAAACACGAUGAACAUAAUCUGUAUACAUUUGCACAAGGCACUCACUAUGUAUGUACAUAUGCAAUAUGUAUUUGAUGUCACAUUUAUGAUUUUGUUUCAACUUUUUGUACAUGUGCCUGAGCCAGAUUUGGACUUUUUGUGAAAAUCAAUGAACAGGAGAACACUUCAAUAUCAAACUGUUUUGUCAUCUGCCUGGCUGUCUGGGUGACUUUGUGAGUGAUAUAUUACGGAUGAUCUUUCAAGGGGCUUGUCAAAAUAAGUAUUUUAGAUGCUGCAAGUGCGGCAAUAUUUCUACCAUAAUUAUGACAACCACCAAUCCCCUGCAACUAGCAUAAGUACAAAAGUAAUAUAUUUUGGUCCUUAAUUCAAGAGCCUGAUGUUAAUGUGGAGACCUAUUAAGCUUAUUAGACAGUCCAAAGUCCAUCACACUGCCAUUGAUUGGGGGGUUGGGGGGGUAGGAGGAGGAAAGCAGCAUUGUGUGCCAACAUACACAGGAGAGGUGAGGCCAGUGGGAAGGUAGGCCUGGCAGGUAAAUCAAGAAAGAAAAGUACAGAAAUUAAAGGAUCCAAACUUUUGUUUA